AUGAGUGCAUUGAACCAUUCCCCAUUUGAAGCCCUUGCUUUCGACUAUUUGAGAUGCGGAUUCUUGACGGCCGUCAACAGUGUAUGGAUAGCCGUUAUAACGGCGGCCCUCAGCUUCUGGAGGAUCAGGGCUUUGUCAUCGCCGCUCGUGUCGACGCCGGAGCCACGUGGCAGCAUCCAGGAUGCUGUAUCGACGUCGGAGGAGAAGGUUGGGCAUGCUUCAGCUUCAGCUUCAACUCCUGGUGAAACCAAGCAUUUAUUAUCAGCUGGGGCGACGACGUGGUGUGGCGUAGCGGAGCGGGAAGGUAGUUCGAAGGUGAAGUUCAGCCUGUGUUAUAACGAGGAUAUUUUCAGGGGAAGUUAUGAGGAUGAAGACGACGGUGGCUGCAAUGGUGGUGGGGCGGCGGUGACGAUGAGUGGGAAAAUAGGGUGGUGGUGCGACGAUGUUUGGGAGAGAACGACAGUGGUGAGGAUGGGAGACAUGGGGUGGUACAGGUGCCAGGAUUUGGCGGCUCUCGACGGAAGUGUGGUCCGGUUGUGGGGUGGCCGUAGGCGGAGAGCCGCCACCGGGGGUGGCGCCUUCAAGUGGUAG